AUGAACGCAAUGCUCUCCGGCAUCCCUGGCACAGCUGGGUACCUGGACGACAUCAUCAUCGUGGGUCACUCCCCUGCCGAGCUGCAAGACCGAGUGUGCGCAGUACUCGAACGCGUGCAGGAGUAUGGCUUUCGCCUACGGGCCGAGAAGUGCCAAUUCUUCCUCGACUCCAUCAAGUACCUUGGAUUCGUUUUUGACGCCAAUGGUCGCCAUCCAGAUCCUGAAAACAUUCGGGCCAUCCAACGGAUGCCUGCCCCCAAGAAUGUAUCGCAACUUCGUUCGUUCCUUGGCUUGAUCAGUUACUAUAGCGCCUUCCUACCAUCGCUGCAUGACGUACGGGCCCCGCUCAACCGUCUGUUGCAGAAGGAUGCUCCUUGGUGCUGGUCCCCCGACUGUGAAAAGGCCUUCGCCCAGCUAAAGUCGAUGCUGAGUUCAGAUCUGUUGCUCACGCACUGCGACCCGACGCUGCCGAUCGUUGUUGCUGCAGAUGCUUCCAACCACGGAGUUGGUGCCGUCAUCUCACAUACUUUUCCUGAUGGGUCUGAAAAGGCGAUCAUGCAUGCAUCUCGCACGCUAACCCCUGCGGAGAAGAACUAUGGGCAAAUAGAGAAAGAAGCUCUAGCCCUCGUGUUUGCCGUCAAGAAAUUUCACAAACUGUUGUACGGUCGCCACUUCACGUUGUUGACGGAUCACAAACCAUUGCUGUCAAUCUUCGGUUCGAAAAAGGGCAUUCCCGUCUACUCAGCCAGCCGCUUUCAGCGAUGGGCAACCAUCCUUCUUGGCUACGACUUCGACAUUCGCUACUGUCGUACUACAGACUUUGGUCAGGCUGACACCCUUUCUCGCCUCAUCAGCAAUCAGCAGGAACCGGAGGAAGAUACCGUGAUUGCAGCUAUUUCGAUUGAGGACGGUGUGCGCCGUCAGCUAUCAGACGCUAUACGAGGUAUCCCUGUCACUGCCGCGGACAUCCGACGUGCUACUGAACAGGAGCCUGUCCUCCGCCAGGCCAUCACCUACGUGCAGACCUGCUGGCCAACCACUGCUCUCGCUGGCGAUCUUCGCCAGCUCUUCCUCCGCCGAGCAUCGCUAUCUGUGGUUGACUCCUGCCUCAUGUUUGCAGACCGUGUGGUGAUCCCAUCUUCCCUCCGACCCACUGUACUACGCCAGUUCCAUGCGGCUCAUCCUGAUGCCAGCCGAAUGAAGUCUAUUUCUCGCAGUUUUGCCUACUGGCCGGGUAUCGACGGCGACAUCGACGACCUGGUUCGACGCUGUUCUCGAUGUCAGCAAGCUGCCAAGAUGCCGCCUCGUCAACCUCCAAUACCCUGGCAACCACCGGAGAGGCCUUGGUCACGCGUGCAUAUCGACUUCGGUGGCCCACUUAACGGAGUCUCCUACCUAAUCUUGGUUGACGCCUACUCGAAAUGGCCCGAGAUUGCUCCGCUGAAUCCAGCAACCGCAUCUGCCACUAUCGCCUUCCUACGACGCAUCUUUAGCCAGCAUGGCUUACCAGAAAUCCUGGUUUCAGAUAAUGGCUCUCAGUUUACAUCGUCGUCUUUUGAGGAUUUCUGCCGCCAGCACAACAUCCAGCAUCUUCGCUCCCCGUCCUACCAUCCUCAGUCUAACGGUCAGGCGGAGCGUUUUGUCGACACGUUUAAGAGAGCCCUCUUGAAAGCUCGUGGGGAGGGGACCACGGACGAGAUAGUCCAGGCGUUCCUGUUUUCCUACAGGACGACACCGAACCCGGCGUCCCCUGGUGGCGUUUCUCCUGCCAAAGCGUUGAUGGGCCGAAAACCGCGUACAACGUUUCAUGCCCUCGUCCCUACCGGUGCGCAGCUCGCGCAGACUUCUCCAGUUUCUCGCAGCAAUCUCUCCAUCGGAACACCUGUCUUCGUUCGUGAUUAUCGAGCGGGGUUCCCAGACUGGAUUGAAGCAACCGUAGUAUCGCACAGAGGCAGUAUGUUGUUUGACGUCGACGUUGGUGAUGACAUCUGGGUUCGCCACCACAACCAGAUCCGACGGCGACAUUGCAGUAACACAACUGGGCUCGAUUCGGCGCCGUCACUCUCUCUCGACAUCCUACUGGAUACCUUCGCCAUUCCGGCAGAUCAGUCGGUUCCCGAACCCACUUCUGCGCCCCAUUCGGAUAUACCAUCUUCGGUAUCAGUUACCGCUCCCGUAUCUCCAGGCAUUAAACCACGACUAAGGCGCCGGACCAACCGCGUGCGCCGAUCAACACGUCUGAUGCAGGUCAACCCACGCCAGAAGCGGUACUGA